CUGGCAAGAUGGCUACGCGUAGGAUAGGAAAAGUUAUGGUUGACAAUACGGCGCUUUUUCUCUGCGAUAUGCAAGAGAAAUUUCGCCCAACGAUCAAGUAUUUCCCACAGAUUGUAGAAGUAUCUGCACGAAUGUUGUCAGCAGCAAAGGUGUUGAAAAUGCCGAUUGUAACGACUGAGCAGUACCCGAAAGGUUUGGGACGUACUGUGCCUGAGCUGAAUAUUGAGGGAACCAAGAAAGUUGAAAAGACAUGCUUUACCAUGUUAACUCCGGAAAUAGAAGAACAUAUUAAGAAUCUUGGUGUGAAAAGAGUUGUACUGUGUGGUAUUGAAACGCAGGCAUGCAUUCAGUCAACUGCAUUGGAUCUUCUUGAAAAAGAAAUAGACGUACAUGUCAUUGUAGAUGCAUGUUCCUCUAGAAGCUUGGUAGACAGGAUGUAUGCAUUCAAACGGAUGCGUCAAAGUGGUGCUUUUAUUACCACAAGUGAAUCAAUGAUAUUACAACUUGUGCGAGAUGCUGCUCAUCCACAGUUCAGAGAAAUUCAAAAAAUUAUAUGGGAGUCUGCACCAGACACUGGACUAUUAUCCAAGAAAUAGGACAUCCUUGCUUCAUUUGCAUAAUACAUGGUCAUGAUCAAUGCAAAUAGAGACUCCAUUUGACUCAAAUAAUUUACUCAAGAAUGAAAAUUAAAAAAUAUAUAUAAAGCACAAUUAUUUCCAAC